AUGCCUACCGUCCACCUCCUCGACUACGUGGCGGGCAAUGUCCGCUCGCUCGUCAAUGCCAUUGAGAAAGUCGGCUACACCGUCGAAUGGGUCCGCUCGCCGGCUGACGUCGCCAACGCCGAGAAACUGAUUCUUCCCGGCGUCGGCCACUUCGGACACUGCCUGUCGCAGUUCAAGAACGGCGGCUAUGUCGAGCCCAUCCGCGCCCACAUUGCCCAAGGCAAGCCGUUCAUGGGCAUUUGUGUCGGCCUGCAGGCCCUCGCCGACGGCUCCGAGGAGAGCACCGCCGUGCCCGGCCUGGGCGUGGUGCCCGGCCAGCUGAAGCGCUUCGACGACUCCGACAAGAGCGUGCCGCACAUUGGCUGGAACUCGGCCAACACGUCCGCCAAGGGCGCCGUCGCCGACGAGAGCGUCUACGGCCUCCGCCCCGACAGCAAGUACUACUAUGUGCACUCGUACGCGCUGCCGUACGUCGAGGGCCAGCUAGAGGAGGCCGGCUGGACCGUCGCCACAGCGCGCUACGGCAAUGAGGAGUUUGUGGGCGCUGUGGCCAAGAACAACAUCCUGCUGACGCAGUUCCACCCGGAGAAGAGCGGCGCUGCGGGCCUGCGCGUUCUCAAGGCUUUCUGCGACGGCCAGCCGCGCUCCAAGCUGCCCGAGACGCCCUCUUCCGAGGCGGCGCGCGAAGGCCUGACCAGGCGCGUCAUUGCGUGUCUGGAUGUGCGCACGAAUGACCAGGGCGACCUCGUCGUCACCAAGGGCGACCAGUACGACGUGCGCGAGAAGGAGGGCGUCAGCGCCGGCGGCGAGGUGCGCAACCUGGGCAAGCCGGUCGAGAUGGCGCGCAAGUACUACGAGCAAGGCGCCGACGAGGUGACGUUCCUGAACAUCACGUCGUUCCGCAACUGCCCCGUGGCGGACCUGCCGAUGCUGGAGAUUCUGCGUCGCACGUCGGAGACAGUGUUCGUGCCGCUGACGAUCGGCGGCGGCAUCCGCGACACGGUCGACACGGACGGCACCAAGGUGUCGGCGCUCGACGUCGCGUCGCUGUACUUCAAGUCGGGCGCGGACAAGGUCUCGAUCGGGUCGGACGCGGUGACGGCGGCCGAGGAGUACGAGGCCCGCGGCAAGAAGCUGCUGGGGACCACAGCCAUCGAGACCAUCUCCGCAGCAUACGGCGCGCAGGCGGUAGUAGUGUCGGUAGACCCGAAGCGCGUAUACGUAGCCUCGCCGGACGCGACGCCGCACCACACGAUCGAGACGGCGACGUUGGGCCCCAACGGCGAAAAGUACUGCUGGUACCAGUGCACGGCCAAGGGCGGGCGCGAGCUGCGGGACUUUGACGUGCGGCAGCUGGUGCAGGCGGUCGAGGCCAUGGGGGCGGGCGAGAUCCUGCUCAACUGUAUCGACAAGGACGGCAGCAACUCGGGCUUCGACCUCGAACUGAUCAACGACGUCAAGGCCGCGGUCAAGAUCCCGGUGAUUGCGAGCAGUGGCGCGGGCAACCCGGCGCACUUUGCUGAGGUGUUUGAGCGCACGCCGACGGAUGCCGCGUUGGGCGCUGGUAUGUUCCACCGUGGCGAGUUCACGGUCAAGCAGGUCAAGGACCACUUGCAGGCCGAGGGGCUGCUGGUCCGGCCGUUCGAGGACGAAAUAUAG